AUGCCAAAUCGCCCUCUUUCUCCUACCGACGGCGGCCGCUCCUCCUCCGCCACCAUGGCCGUUGUUCUCAUCCCCCUCCUCCUCCUUUCUCUCCCCCCUCUCUCCCUUUCCCUCUCGGACACUGAAGCCCUCCUCCUCCUCAAAUCCUCCUUUCAAAACUCCGACCUUUUCCUCUCCUCGUGGUCCGCCGAUUCCCCCAACAGCUCUUCCCCCUGCGGCCUCCCUCAAUGGACCGGCGUCCUCUGCUUCAACGGCAUCAUCACCGGCCUGCGUCUCCGCCACCUCAACCUAAUCGGCACCAUAAACAUCGAAGCUCUCACCCACUUCCCUUCCCUCCGCACCCUAAGCUUCAUCAACAACUCCCUUUCCGGCGCACUCCCCGAUUUCUCCCGACUCGACAAACUCUGGAUCAACGACAAUGAUUUCUCUGGUCCCAUUCCUUUCUCCUUAUCGAAAGUUAAGAGUUUGUUGGAGCUUCACAUUGAAGGCAAUGGUUUUAAUGGGGAGAUGCCGGAUUUAAAGCUGCCUUUUUUGCGGUCUUUCAAUGCGUCUAAUAAUGAGUUGAGGGGACCGAUUCCGGUUUCUUUGGCGAGGUUUGGUGUUUCGGCGUUUGAGGGCAAUGAAGGGUUAUGUGGGCAGCCGAUGUCCGGUCGUCCGUGUCCGGAAGCGGCGGCGGCGGCGUCGCCGGCGUCGGAAGAGAAAGUGAUUACACCGGCGCCUGCGGGGGUGCCGGAGUUGAGGGCCAUGGUUGACGGCAGGGUUAAGGGGUGGCAUGUUGUUGGCAUUGUGGUUGGAGUGGUGUUGGUUUUGGUAUUGUUGGCCAUUGGGUUUGUGGCUGUCAAAAGGCGGCGAAAAGUUAGUGACUUGGAUUCAGUGGGCGGGGCGUCGAGCAAGGAGAAGGCGGAGGCUAGCCCGGGGAUGAAGAAGAACGAGCACAAGCGGUACGGGUUGGCUCGGGGAUCCGGCAGCGUAGCUGAAGCUAGUGGAGGAGGAGGAAGUGGAGCAGUGCUGGUAAUGGUGAACAGCGAAAGGGCGGCAUUUGCGUUGCCGGACUUGAUGCAGUCGGCAGCGGAGGUUCUUGGCAAUGGAAGCUUAGGUUCGGCUUACAAAGCAGUUAUGGCGGGCGGCUUCGCGGUUGUGGUGAAGAGAAUGCGAGAGCUGAGCCGACUGAACAAGGAGUUGUUUGACGGCGAGAUGAGGCGUUUCGGACGGCUUAACCAUCCCAACGUCCUAACUCCGCUCGCUUACAAUUUCCGGAAGGAGGAGAAGCUUAUAGUGUAUGAUUACGUUCCAAAGGGAAGUUUGCUUUAUGUGCUCCAUGGCGACCGAGGGAUGGACCGCGCCGCCUUAGACUGGCCAACUCGCCUAAAAAUAAUCCUCGGAAUCGCGCGAGGAAUGGCGUAUCUCCACGCCGAGUUAAUCUCAUACGAAGUCCCGCACGGCAAUCUCAAGACAGCCAACGUCCUUCUCUCCCCGACUUUUGAUCCCCUCCUCGCCGACUACGGCCUCAUUGCCUUCAUCAACCCCGACGUCGCACCCUCCGUUCUCUUCUCCUUCAAAGCCCCCGAAGCCCAACACCUUCGCCACGUGUCCCCUAAAUCCGACGUCUUCUGCUUCGGCGUCGUUCUCCUCGAGAUUCUCACCGGUAAGUUCCCUUCUCAGUACGUCAAUAACACGAAAGGUGGUACGGAUGUCGUGCAGUGGACGGCGUCGGCGAUCUCCGAUGGCCGGGAGGCGGAGCUCAUCGAUCCGGCGAUUACUGGAGGGACGGCGCCGGCGACGGAGAUGGUGAGGUUACUUCGUGUUGGUGCAGCGUGCACGCAGAUUAGUCCGGAUGAGAGGCCGGAGAUGAAGGAGGCGGCGGAGCUUGUUGAGGAAAUUGCGGCUGCGGCUGCGGCUGGGGCGGGGGGUUGUGGUGGGGGGGGGUUGUUCCAGCCAUCAGAUCAGGCUGCUCUUGAUGUUGAGACAGGGAUUGGAUCUUUGCUUGCUGAAAACAAGAAGGAUGAACUGGUUACCCGCCGUGUAAGAGCUCCACAUGUCAGUCCGAAAUCGCCGAUUCUACGAUUUCAGUGGUACUGA